AUGAAGUAUCAUCUCACCCUUCUUGCACUCGCACCAGCGCUGAGCCUGGCUGAGCCGAUCAGACACACGGCUCGGGCGAAUUGGCUGACCUAUAGCCCCAUUGAUCCCCAAGCAGACUCUGGGGCACGCGCCCUGCUGGGUUACUUGCAAAGCACCUAUGGCAAUCACUAUCUGUCCGGGCAAAUGGACAAAUCUGACGUUGCCUGGGUGAAGAGCAAGACUGGCAAGACGCCCGCCAUCCAGGGCAAUGAUUUCAUGGACUAUUCCCCGUCCAGAAUUGCUUACGGGGCUUCCUCGUCCGCGGCCGAAGAUUGUAUCGCUUUCGAUCAGAAAGGGGGCAUCAACACCGUUGUUUGGCACUGGAAUGCACCCACCUGUCUGUAUGACUCGUCGUCUCAGCCGUGGUACAAAGGCUUCUACACCUCUGCGACGUGCUUUGAUGUGCAACAAGCGAUGAAUGAAGGUCCUGGUGGGAGCAACUACCAGCUCAUCCUCCGCGAUAUUGACGCCAUUGCGGUUCAGCUGAAAAAGCUGGCCUCGUCGGGUGUUCCUGUGCUGUGGCGACCUCUCCAUGAGCCCGAGGGAGGCUGGUUCUGGUGGGGUGCCAAAGGCUCUGGGCCUUUCAAGCAGCUGUGGAAUCUCAUGUAUCAGCGCUUGACGCAAUAUCACAACCUUCACAACCUGAUCUGGGUCUGCAACACUGCCGCCUCUGACUGGUAUCCCGGAAAUGACAAGUGCGACAUUGCCACUGUCGAUGUAUACGCCAGUCCGGGCGACCAUGGGCCCCUUCACGACCAGUGGAACACACUAUAUGGCCUGACCAACGGGGCACGUAUGCUCGCGUUGGCUGAAGUCGGCGAUAUCCCCGACCCAAGCCAGAUGACCAGCUCAGGGGCACUGUGGGCUUAUUGGAUGACUUGGUCUGGCUCGUUCAUUGAAGAUGGGAGCUACAACUCAGUCAGUUAUGUGCAACAGGUGUAUGGCGACUCUAAAGUGAUCACUCUGGACGGACCAUCACGACUGGGCUCGUGGAAGCAGGGCUCGGCCGGAGGCUCAUUCAGCUCAUCGACUACAACACUCCAAACUAAGCCUGCUACGACCACCACUUCCACAUCCUCGGGCAGCACCGGCAGCCUUGUGCCUCAGUUCGGUCAAUGCGGCGGACAAGGAUGGACGGGAGCUCGCUCUUGUGUCUCUCCAUACACGUGCCAAGUCCAGAAUCAGUAUUAUUCGCAGUGCCUUUAA